AAUAUAUUUUUACAUUCAGAUUGUUAGACAGUGGUAUAAUCUGGCACCUCGAUACAUCGUACCAUUUUUUUAACUUACUGUGACAACAACAACGUAACAAUCAUUUGUUGGAUUUGACAGGUGCCACGAUAAUGACAUACAUGUAACUAAUCACAAGACUUGAAUGAUGGAUAACUCAAAAUUUAGAUAACACAACUAUCAGAAGAUUUUAAUUUACCAACAAAAUGACUACAGAAUUUGAAGGGGUCGGGCAGACCCCAUCGGUCACUGAAAUGCAGGACAUGCUGACGCAGAAAGCUACAGAACUAUUUAUGUUAUGUGAUAAAGAAGAAAAAGGUUUUAUUACAAAGAGAGACAUGCAAAGAUUGGGAGGAGAACUUCCUUUAACUCCAGAUCAAUUGGAAGCAGUGUUUGACUCACUAGAUGAUGAUGGAAAUGGAUACCUUACUCUGGAGGAGUUUACAGAAGGAUUCGGUGGGUUUCUUGGUUUUGGUUCAGAGGAUCCAGCAGAGGAGGAAGGACAUCGUGAUGUUUAUGAGGACGAACAAGGUGAAGAAGAUGACACACAAGAAGAUAUAGCAUUCCAACAAGCACUUGAAGGUCUGGGUGCUACGUCACUGUUUGAUGAUUCUGGGAGAGGUAAACUUGGCCGUCUUCAGCCUUAUGAUCAGCAACACAUCAAAGAACUUUGGAAGAAAAUAAAGUCAAGUGAACCAGAAUUGUUGGGUGAUUUUGAGGAUUUCAUACAAAAAGUAUCAAGUGACAUUCGUAAAGCAAGAAUUGAUAGUGAUGAGUUGGAAAGUGCUCUUAGAAAUCGAGCUUAUGCUCAUGACGAAGAAGUUCGGAAACUUUAUGAAGAAAUGGAAAUCCAAAUCAAAGCUGAAAAAGAAAAGAUUUUAAAUGAGGAAAAAGGAAAAGAGAGGAAAAUUAGAGAAGAAAUGUCACAAGAACUUUUACGAAAGGAACAAGAGGUUCAAGAACUUCUGCAGAAGCAAAAAGAUUUGGAGACGAAACUUCAAGAAAUGAAUGCAACACAAUCAGAAAUAGCAACAGAAAAUGAAGAGCUUGCAAAGUAUAACGAGAGUCUCCAAGAUAAAUUAGAAAACACAUCAAUUAGUUUAGUUGAAGCUAAGCAGUACUUAAAAGAAAUACAAGAAAAGGCAUUGAGAGAAAAAAGGGAAAGGGCACAGGCUGCAUUAAAAGUAACUGAAGGUAUUGCACAAGAAAGAGAGAGUCUAGUUCGACAGUUAGAUAUGCUAAGAGAUAUGAAUAAGAAACUCAAGGAUGACAAGGACAUGCAUGAAGCAUCAAAACAGUCAUUUGAGAUUGCUGAGCCUGGCUCGACUUUACAAGAUGAGUUGAAUGAGGCAACCAAAGGUGAGUCUCAACCUAGCCCUAAAAAGUCUAUGCUGGUCAAGCAGGGUUCUGUUAUGUCUGACUAUAUCACUCAAUCAUCUCCAAAAAGGAAAGCCAACCAAGGGUCAUUACGGACAUCACUGGAGGGCUCACAAACAUUAGAUAGUUUAGAAGAAAUAGAUGAUAUAGAAUAUGAUGACGAUGAUAUUGAAGUUGAUGACGAUGCUUAUUAUAUUGAGAGGAUGAAAGAUAAUGAUGACUCUGGAGUAAAUAACAAUAGUAAAGAAGAAAUGAAUAUAUUACAUUAUACAGAUGAUAGUAGUCUUGGAACACAAAGUAAACAUGUAAUGAGAAAUGGGGCAGCAACAAUGAUAGGGGGAGAUUCUCAAAGUAGAAGCGCUGAAAGUAUAUCACCAUCAUCACCACGUGGAGAACCGGUAGGAUGUCAAGCUACUUCAACACCAACGCAUAAUCCAGAGAGAGUAUUCAAAGUAGUAUUUGUUGGUGACAGUGGAGUUGGUAAAAGUAGUUUUAUUUAUCGGUUCUGCAACGAUUCAUUCAAAUCUAAUUUCAGCGCAACAAUUGGCGUUGAUUUCCAAGUCAAGAAUGUCAUAGUGGAUCAUAAGAUGAUAGCAUUGCAAUUAUGGGAUACAGCUGGACAGGAAAGGUUUCGUAGCAUUACAAAACAGUAUUUCCGUAAAGCUGACGGUGUAAUAGUGGUGUAUGAUGUCACAUCUGAAUCCAGCUUUACUAGUGUAAGGAACUGGAUGAGUAGUGUCCAGGAUGGCGUUGAAGAGGGUACUGUUAUCAUGAUAAUUGGUAAUAAAACAGAUAUGGAAGAUGAACGACAAGUAAAACAAAAAGAUGGACAUCGAUUAUCAGAGGAAUAUGAAACGUUAUUCUAUGAGGCCAGUGCAAAAUCUAGCUAUAAUGUAGAUGAAAGUAUUCAAGCAUUAUCAAGAAAACUACAAGAGAAAGAAGAUAGAGAACUGCAAAAGGUCCUUCAGUUGGGACAAUCAGAAGACAAGAAGAAAGGUUGUUGUAAUCUAGAUUAAUAGACUCGCGAAAACAAUGCUGUCAUAUUAUGGUGUAAAAUCAUUGAAUUUUUUCCUCUUGAUAAAUGUAUCUAAUUGCCAG